UCUUCUUCCUGGGUGCGAGGGGAUAACAAUCCCUGUCCUCCUACUCCUGCAGUCUGCAGUUGGAUUUCCGACGGCGACGUGCAGACCCCCGGGCUAAGAGGAGCGGGAGCGGGGUCCUCCACCCCUGGGGACGGUGGGGAAUUGAGAUACUGCCGGGUCUUCUUGGUGCCCGAGGGCGAGGUGUCGGUGGUGAUGAUGAUGACCUCCGUGCCCUUGGCCUUACAGGCGUCCAGCAGCGUGGCAAGGGUCUCGCGAUCCCCGCGGUCCAGGGCGUGGACAAGCGCCGAGGCGCCGGCGUGAUCUCGGACUGAAGGGUCUGCGCCAUGGGCAAGGAGCAGGGAGGCCACCGCUGCGCCCCCGCCGCCGGCGCAAGCGUGCAUAAGCGCCGUGCGCCCUAGGCGAUCUGCGAUGUUGGGGUCCGCGCCUUGCUCCAGAAGCCUGAGUUCCGGCGAACUCUCUCCCUCCCUCCACUCCUCAGCUUCAAGUGGGCGGACCUCCCUCCUCGGCUUCUCCAAGAUUGGCCGGGAGAACUCACCAAUGGGGAGCUCUGGGAGGCGGACCUAGAACGCCAACAGCUUGAGGAAGACCAGCAAAUUUCAAGUUGGCUGCGGCGUGUUUUCCGCGUGGGGGAGGGGCAGCAGGUUUUUCCUAUUGGAUGUCUGAAUCCCCAGGCCCCCUCCAUCAUGGCCAGCCGGGGUGGGGGCCGGGGUCGUGGCCGUGGCCAGUUGACCUUCAGCAUGGAGGCUGUGGGCAUUGGGAAGGGGGAUGCUUUGCCCCCACCCACCCUGCAGCCUUCUCCACUCUUCCCUCCCUUGGAGUUCCGCCCAGUGCCUCUGCCCUCAGGAGAGGAAGGGGAAUAUGUCCUGGCACUGAAGCAGGAGCUUCGAGGGGCCAUGAGGCAGCUCCCCUACUUCAUCCGGCCUGCUGUCCCCAAGAGAGAUGUGGAGCGUUACUCAGACAAAUAUCAGAUGUCAGGGCCGAUUGACAACGCCAUAGAUUGGAACCCUGAUUGGCGACGUCUACCCCGGGAGCUAAAGAUCCGAGUACGGAAGCUACAGAAGGAGCGGACCACCAUUCUACUCCCCAAGAGGCCCCCUAAGACCACAGAAGAUAAGGAGGAGACAAUACAGAAACUAGAGACCCUGGAGAAGAAGGAAGAAGAAGUGACUUCAGAGGAAGAUGAGGAGAAAGAAGAAGAAGAAGAGAAGGAAGAGGAAGAAGAAGAGGAGUAUGAUGAAGAAGAGCAUGAAGAGGAAACUGAUUACAUCAUGUCAUAUUUUGACAAUGGAGAGGACUUUGGGGGUGACAGUGAUGACAAUAUGGACGAGGCUAUAUACUGAAGAAGGACUCUAAACAAUACCCUGGACGUUCAUCUCUUUCUUGAUUUAGGACACAGAGAGUAGCUGUCCCCUAUUAUUAGGUUUUGUGGACAAGCAAAUCAUUUGCUCAGAAUCCAGAUAACCUGUUUGGUCCCUGGAGAUAGGAAUAGAGAGUGACCACAGAUAGCUCUCUUUUCUACCCUUCCCCUCCCUCUCUCCUGUGGUAUUGUAUCACCUCUGAUAUCUUGGGGAAAGGACAAAGGACCAAUGUCUUAAUUGUAUGAAAGUGAGAAAGGAGGGUCGAAAGAAGGACUGGAAUCAUUAGAGCUGAGACAGCUGUGCACAUGCCCCUACCCAUUUAUAGUUCUUUGUGGAGAUAAUUGGGGGUGCAAGCAGUUAGGAGGAAUAAGGCCAGUUUUAUAUUUUUAAAUAAAAUGUUUUUACCUGUC